GGAAUACGUAGCCGCUAAAACGAGUUGUGUUGCUACGCUCAAGUUACUUAGGCAAUUUGUCUUUAUAUAUGUUUGUUAGUGUGGAUCCAGUCAAAUGUAGGGAUAUUGUGUAUACAUAAAUUGAGUAAUUAUUGGAGAAGAAACUUACGUUUAUGCAAACUUUUAACGACACUUCACACAGCUCUAUAGUCAUUUUCAUCGCUUCUGCCUUUAUGUACAUCAAGAUGAUUCGUCAACAUGGCGAGCAAGUAACAUAAGAUAAUAUGUAUCAAUACGAUAUACUUUCAUUUUCAAACAUAGUUUUUCAAUAAUACAUUUCUACAAACAAAAUGACCCUAUUUUUGGUUAGAAUUUAUUUUAGCUGACAUUCUUUUAAUCCAUAUAGUUUUGCCCGUUUGAUAUUUUGCCGCAACUCAUAAUCAACCCAACUAUUAUUUUGCGUCAUAACAUAUGUGUUCAUCAAGACCAUCUGAAUUCAGUUCACCUCACAACAGACUUUACAUAAGUAAAAUCCUUUUAAUUGCGACUAUUAUUGGUAUGCUGUGUGUUAUCAGUGGAUCUUGCGGUAUAUUAUUAUGGGGUUUCAUACCAAACUUGAUUAAAUUGAACAAUCUGGCUUUAAGAAUUAAUGCAGUUCUAUGUAUAACUGGCUCUAUGAUUGUUUCAGUAAAUAUCUUCUAUAUGUACUGUAAACAAUGUCGGUCUAUUCAAAAAAAGAAACGAAAAAAAAGGAUAAAUACGUUUAAAAGUGGUGUUCACUACUCUGAUGGAGAAUUGUGCCCUGAAAAUGAAAGUUUCAUUACAAACUAUCAGCUUUCCGCUCCAAGCUCACUGUCCAUGCCUGAAGUGUUCACCACAAAUGGUGAUUUAACAAGAAAAACAUUUGUUUCUCUUGGAUCACUAGAUUUGGAGAAAUUUGAAGUGGUCGGAGUUGUGCACAAAACAAGUUCCAACCUUGAUUUUGGCAGUGUUGAAGGUGGUGAAGUUGAGAAGAACUCUGUCGGUGGAAAAUAUCGCUAUUCAACUAGUUCGUAUCCAAAUAUAUUAUUUGUUGAUAAAUUCCCCAAUAUUUUAUCCGGUAAAGCACUUUAUUUCCGUGGUAGUAGUAAUACCCACGAUAACAAAAGUGCUGUUUACUUUACUACGAACACAGAUGAUAUUCGAACAACCACUCUUACUGGUGUUUUUAGUGCUACUCAAAAUUCCUAUUCCGAAGAUACCUGUAUCACUAAUAAUCAGAAAAAGCCUUAUACAACUAUGUCUUAUUUACUUCCUCGGGUUUCUAUCCAGGAAAUUAAAGAAACCACUUCAAAUAUACCGACAUCAUCAGAUUUUGCUACUGUUCGUCGAACAAGGUCUGAUAGAAUUAAACAUGCUAAAAUAAAUCGAUCAAUUGUAACACCUGCCGGUUACUCGUUGGAUGGUCCAGCAUUUUCAAAAUUAGAAAAUACUAACCAAAGUAAUAAAAUCUCUGGUUUAGAGAAUAUUAAUAAUAACGAAAAAUAUCGCCUUAUUACAAACAAGACAAUAACAAGUCGUCAUAAGCUUAGCAUAUACUCUGAAAUGUCAACAUUCGAUAAUAAUUGUACCUCGUAUAUGACUAACGUAACACCAUUUAAUGGUCAAGCUAGUCUAUUCAACUUGAAUACUAACACUAUCCCUACAACCAAUAUUCCUGAUAUAAACAAUAAUAAUAUCGGGAGCAUAAAUGAUAAAGCCGCUGAUAUUAAUCACACCGAGCCAUCAAUCAUUUCAUUAGAAAACCAAGCAUUGAUGGUCAGUAGUUCAUCACCGUAUGAAUUAAAUGGUAAAACUACCGUUAUUUCUCAACGACAAAAUAAUAUCAAUAUGAAUAAUACACAAUCUCAAAAUCAUGUUCUAUCAUGUGCAACACUAUUCGCUGCUAAUGAUGAAGAAAAUCUGAAUAAUAAUCCCAUUAAUGGAGAUGUGGCAGUUAAUAGUACCAAUACUGAAGUCAAUGGAUUGAAAUAUUUACAGAAAAUCUAUUCCAAAUGGAGUGUAUUUCCUGUUUACAUUGAAAAUGAGAAAAGUGGUGUUAAACACAAUAGUGGUAGUAUUGAUAAAUGUGAUACACUAUAUGAUAACAAUUGUGAUGAGAAUAGCGAAGAAUCUUCACCAAGAAAACUUUCGAUUUCUACAAUAUCUCAUCAUCAUACUAAAGGACCUUUACAUUCGAUAAUUAAUCCGGUACAAUCAUUGGUUAACAGAAUAAGAAAUCGUUGGACUAUUUGUCGCAUACAUAAAAAAUCAAGUGGUAGAAAUAAGAAAAAUCAUCAACAAAUGAAGGUAAAGAUGGAAUUAUGCACAUUGCAGACUUUCCUUCACCUCCUAUAAAUUUAUUUUCAGUUUAGAUCACAACUUGCACUUAGCUAAACCACCACUGAAAACCAGAAAGCACUGGGCAUCCGUUUCUUUUCAACAUGGGACUUAACAAUACUGCUCUUCCAUGACCUCACCGAAGAUCGAGCCAAAGAUCUUUGAUCUCUCAGCGAACGACUGACCCCUAGACUACUGAGCCGGUUUACAUAUUCACUUCUAAUCAUUCGCAGUAAAUGUACAACUAUCAUCCUGUUCAAUUGGUGAUAUUUUUUUCGAAGUAUCUUUCAGGGUUAAUCUUGUAUAUUUUUUGAAAAUGUCCUGUAAAUAGUGUCAUUCAUUGAUUCAAGUACGAGUUGAAAUCCAAAUUUGUCAAACAGAAUAUAAACAUCUUACAAAUAUUUACUUAUUUUAUCAACCAAUAUGUAAGGGAAAAACUCAUUUAUUAAUAACGAUGACGGUAACGUUCGAAUUGGCAUUGUGUCGAUCAAAAUUUGAUUGUGUGUAUUCUAUAUUUUGAAACAUUUACUUAUCAAUUGUGUAAAUAUGUUUGACAAUUAUUAGCUUCAACACAUAAUCUAGAGAGCAUAAAAUAUUCACAAACUUUUCUACCAUAAUACAAACAUACUGAUAUAUUAUGGUAUGAAGUCAUUGUCACUGUGAUCUGUUUGUAAUAUUUCUAUCAGGUGACUAACGUGACAACGUAGAAUCUGACAGAAGGAAGUGUCAAUUUACAUUAUCAAAGAGAAAGAAAACAAUUCUUUUAAAACUCGCGACAUACGGAUUCACGUACUUGGCUUCGAGCCACACUACAAAUACAAAAACACGGAAAAAGACGAAACUAAAAAGUUUUAGCAAAGAGGCUGUUCGUGAAUUUUCUGACUUCUCUUUAACACAAGAUCUAAGUAACAUCAGUGAUAUUAGACUGGAAGUUGAUAAUAAUGGAAAAAGACAUCGUAGACAAACAAUCAUUACAAAUGCAUCAAUUUUUUCAUUGCCCGCUAUUCCACCAGCGUUAUGGAAUGCUGAACGCCCUGUAUGGAUUAUGGGUGUACCAUUAGAGAACAAUGGUGAUAAUGAUGACGAUCACUGGUUUAAAGUAGACGCUAACAAACUUAUCCUGUUAAGACAAAAAUCAGAAUUGAGCAAUUUAACAGACAAUAAGAAUCAUCCAAACAUCACCGGAUCAUCCUCUUCAAUUUAUGCAUUUCAUGUACGACCACCGCCAAGACUGAAACCAAUUACUACAAAAGUAAGCCGACUACAAUGUGAACUUCAUUUAAAUCAGCAUACACGCGCACAAUCUGUCGGACAAAUGCUAACUUCGGAAAGAUCAGCUUUAAACAUUACAUAGUAAUUAUCAUUUCUAUAUUUUUUCUAUGAAAAAAAAUUAUUCGUUGUGUUUUCUUAAUUCCCGGUCUAACGACAUUCUGCUCAUUAUUUCAUUUUCACAAUCAUUAUACUAAUUUAUGACCGAUACUCAUUAUCUCGAUCAUAAUGACAUUAAAUAUAGUUACCAUUACAUACCAAAUAACUAGUUAUAGGAAGCACAAUUAUCUAAUAAUUUCCCCCUCGCUCUCUGACACAUUUCGAUGUAAAUACGCAUAGAAGUAAGAACAAUAAAAAAAGCUAGAACAACAAUAAUUAAUAAUAUACAUACAUACAUUUUCCAUUAACAUCAUUUCAUACAUAUAUUUUUUAAGAAAAAACAAAGAAUAAAUUUUUCACAUGAUUUUUUGGUAGAUUUCAUAAUUUUCUUUUUUUUCAUUUUGCAAUUUGUAUUUCGGAGAAAUGAUGUUUUCUCCAUGGCGUAUAAUAUUAGUAAUCAUAACAAUAAUAUUUGUUAAUAUUUCACAUUUGAGACG